AAAAAACAAACGACACGACAUAUUUUCUGUCAUGUCGACUUGUCUUAUGUCUAGCGAGCCGAGCAAUGGCCGAUUGAACGUUUCGGUGGCGUAAGUUUCGCCUGACAAUAUUCGUGUUCCAUUUUAUUGUGUUCCUACUGGAAUUAACUCUUCCCCGUUUAUAUUUGAUAGUGAAAGUUUUUGUGUAAAAUAAUUUAUAGUGGCUGCAAGACAGUGACAAAAUAUUCGUGUAGGUGUGCCUAAAUCAAAAGAACAGUUUAUUUCGUGUGAAACUUAUAAUCGGCGAUGUGAGCCGAUGCUGUGGUGUGCUAGAGCUGGCACCGUUCCACGUGCUUCCAUCUUCUGCCAAACAUACUAAUGACAUCGGCAGCUAUGCGCCACAUCGACGCUCGGAUCCGCCAUCCGACCUCGCACCGCAGGCGACGCGCUCACGCUCCGCCUCUUUAUUUAUCCACAUAGAUAUUCGGGAAGUUCGGUUGCUAUAUUUUAAACGUCGUGCUAACUCUGAUGUGAAGUGUGGUGUGGUGUCAGUGAGUGUAGUGUGCGCGCGAAACGGGCGCCGGCGGCGGCGGUGAGGGCCGGUCUGCCUGGCCCGAUGUGGCCGGCGUCAUGGCCUUCAUGAUGAAGAAGAAGCGGUAUAAGUUUGAGGUGCAGUGCUGUCUCGAGGAGCUGACCGAGGUGCCUUUUGUGUCGGCCGUUCUGUUCGCCAAGGUGCGGCUGCUCGACGGCGGCAAUUUCCAGGAUCAUUCUAGCAGGGAGGAGGUGCGCAACCACGCAGUGCGUUGGAACGCGCAGUUCUCGUUCAUGUGCAAGAUGUGCGCGAACGCGAGCACCGGCGUGCUCGAGCGCGCGCUGCUCAGGGUCUCCGUGCGCAAGGAGUGCAAGGGAGGUAGAUCGUACCAGAAGCUGGGCUUCUGCGACGUGAACCUGGCGGAGCUGGCGGGCGCGGGCGAGACGACGCGCCGCUGUCUGCUCGAGGGGUACGACCAGCACCGGCGGCAGGACAACUCCGUGCUGCGGCUGCGCAUCAAGAUGAACAUGAUCUCCGGCGACCCACUGUUCAAAGUUCCUGAGCGCAAGCAGGAGGUAGCAGAGAGCAAGGGCGGCGGCGACAGCGGCUCGGAGAGCGCGCCCGGCGGCGGCGGCGGCGCGCCCGACGACGACUGCGCCUCCUCCACCGCCAGCUCCGGCUUCGGCUCCCUCACCAAGAAAAAGAACUACGAGGGCGGUGUAUCCCAGACGCUAACACUGGUGCCGUCGUGUGAGCUGCCUUCUCCUGACUCCGAGGAGUCACCUCUUGCCACUUCCAUACCUGACCAUCCUGGUCUGACGGUUAGCGUGGCGACGGUCGCGGCCGUGGUGCCGACGUCGUGCGCCUCCUGUCUGCAGCAGCAGCAACACACGCACUCCAGGAACUCUUCCAACACCUCCGGCGACAUGAGCAGUAAGGCGUCAGGGUACGGCAGUUCGUCGGCGGCGUCGGCGCACUCGCGGCAGAGCUCCGAGGGCGACUCCGCGGGGGACACGGCGCGGCCGCACCACAACAGCGUUCGGUUAGAGCGGACCACCACCACCACCACCACGCUAUAUGUCCCCUCCCAAACCUGCAAGCACACAGGGAGAGCGCUCGCCAAGCUGCUGCUGGAGAAGACUGUCGUCAGCGAGACCUCGGACGUGUUCCUGACGCCCAACACCACGCUCACCGGCCCGCCUGACGUCAUCCCGCGACACGUUCUCCUCUCGCCCUCGCCCGAGGAGUACAAGACUCCUGAUUCCACGUUAAUAGAGAACGGACACGAUAAUUCAUUCGCGAUGCCAACGUACUUCGAUAAGAAGAAGAAAACAGCGGCAGCGGUUAUCAGCGCCGCCGUCGAACCGCUCACCAACUUCCAGAUAUUCAAGCAGAAGUCGCUCAACACCAUACCGGCGUUGCUCGACAAGAAUAAGAAGAAUGAAGAGUUGUUUAACAACUUUCCAUUCCUGACGCCGCUGGCGCACAGAAAGUGCUCGCUCGUGUCCACCGCCAACCGCCUGUCCGGCUGCAUCGAGGACGAGUUCUACUGCAUCCCCUCGGACCCCGAGGCGGAACUGGGUAUUUCCGAGCCCGUGGACAUCCGACAUAGGUUCCGCAGCCUCUCCAAUCACGCGCUCAACGAGGAAAAAGUGUUGACCUCCACUCCCAAAGCGGAUGUAAUUGAAGCUGUGAUGCAGAGGGUCGAUCGAGGCCGGCAGGAGGUGUGGAAACCCUCCCUCCGGCACAGUUAUACGGACCACAUAAGGAACCCGUCGUCGGGCUCUGCGUCUGCGUCUGCGUCGGAGGGCGGGUCGCUGGAGCGCGCGCGCGCCGCCGCCGAGCGACGCAAGCGCGCCGCGCUCGCCGCGCCCCCCGCCCCCGCACACCCCGCGCACGCCGCGCCGCCGCCGCCCGCUGACGACGCGCAGCACGUGGUGUCAUGUCGAGUGGAGAACACGCGCGUGAACCCCGACUCGCUGAUCGACGAGCUGCUCGCCGCCACCGACCUCAAGCACGCAGUCGACGACUCCGCUGAGACAUCGGGCCUGCAGCUGUUCAUCACGCGCGACGGCACGGCCGAGCUCGGCUCGCGGCAGCGGCAGCAGCUCGCGCGGAGAGACUACCAGCGCGUCGUGCUGCAUCCACACGACAACAGGUAGCCAACGGCGUGAGAGUGCGGCGACGCGAGGCCGAGCGACGAGUGACGCCCACACACGCGCAUACGCACGCGACCACCGCCGCCAGUGUCCACAGUACAAACGACUUCAUCCUGCAUACUGCUUCCCGGACCGGUGCGGUGCAGUGCCGCGAAUUCAUCGACCAUGCCGACGCAAUGUUACCUAACAGCUACAAGAAACUUUUAACUGUAAAGUUGACGUUAAAGAUUGACACUAUUCGAGAUUUAAAAUUAAAAAAAAUGAUUUCCCGCCACAUAGCUAAAUAAAAAAAAAUGAAUACAUAAUUAUCAGUUAAUGGUUGUUAAAAAUGACAGUAACAAAAGUUCCUUGUAACUGACCGUUUGUGAUGAAGCUCUCUCGUGACCUGCAUGAUGCGUGCGGUGCGUGUGCGGCGUGGUGCAUGCGGCGUGCUGCGUGCUGCGUGCUGCGUGCUGCGUGCUGCGUGACGCGUGCGGCGCGCGAUUAGUCUGUAUUGUUAUUUAUUGUAGCUUGGUGUGCGAGGCGGAGCGACGAGGACAGUAUUAACGUGAGAUUCGCAGAAUACCUGAGUGAUACCUGAGCCGAGGCGCGCCUCGAACUGUUAGCUUUUACAUGUCCCGCUGCGGAUGUCGACACAAUGCAUAUUUAUUUCUUCUAAAUGUAACAUAAAUUAUGCCAUAAAACUGAUUGUUUUACAAUGUAUAACUAAAUAAUGUUGAUUAUUAUUACGAUUGUACGGCGGGGCCGCGGGCCGUGUCCGCGCGGGGACCGCCUUUUGUAUGAUUUUACAAUAUUUUUAUUUUGUUUUAAAUAUAAGUAGGCUCUUUAUAUUUUCAAUGAACGACGACCUACGCGACGACUGAAUGUUCCUAUAUAUUGAGUAGCGUCCGCGCUUCCUCCACUUCACUUCGAUUCCAGUUGUAACUUCCCUGUAGACGCAAUUUAGAAAACAUUGUCGUUGUGAUGUUUUGUAUAAUUGCGCCGUCCGUGUGGUGUCGCGAGUGCUCACGACAUGGUGCUAGCUGAGUGAAGGGACUCUCAGCACUCGGCACGUACUCCCGAUCCCUCCAGUCCCGCUGGUGCCAAACAGGCGGUGCGCCACCUCGCGCGGGACUCGUUAGUUAGUUGUUCUACAGUGCGAGGAGGUAAAUCUAAGUCAUUCCUUUGCGUAGCUUGAGCGCGUGGCUUGCCGUUGAUAGUGUUUAUCGCGUUCGAGAUUAAUUUAUAGGAUAUGUCUAGUGACCUAGUGCUCUAGUACUCCCUCGUUGUGCAGUGUGCAGUCGACAACUGAACUGCUAGCUGAACAAGGAAGACGCUUGCGAGUAUUCCACAAGUCUUCCAACAAUUAUUGUUAUUUAUUUUUUUAUACCGUAGAAUGUUGUAUUGACAAAAAUAAUGAUUAGUUUAAAAUCGAUGUUAGCAAGUCGUGGCGACUCGCUCAUUUGUUUGAUUCCGAACGUUUCGCGUCACAUAUCCUAUAUUUAAUUUAGAACGAGAAGGUGCGUGAUGUUGCGUUUGAUGAACGAGUACCGACUCUGCCUCCCGGAGACGUCUCCAGGGUUACGUUAUAGUGAAUGUUUAUUUAAUGGGAUACUUCGCGAAACACAGAGUUGAUUGUCAAACGCAUGGUCACGCGUUAUAUUAUUAAUAUAUUACCAAUAGAGGCGCAUGGGUGCGAGGUGUCGGGCCGCAGCCGGCCCGGGGCAUGCGUUGUUAUUGUAUAUGUCUUACAUCCUGUACAUAACAGUAUUUGAAUAAAGGACGUGUUUAAAAAUAUA